CUAUAUCCCAAUUGAAAAUAACUUUAGACUUACAGUGUUCAUGUGACCGCCAUUACACGGAUGUGGAACUUAAAAAACAAAACGUGUUAGUGGUGGAUGAUUUUUGUACAAGAUAUUCUCAUCACCUCGCAAACUUGUGACUUCCUCUUUUUUUAAAAAAGAAGAAAUUAUAACCAACCAGAGUUUCAGCAUUUACAUGUAGUCUGUGAGAGCUGACCCUUUAGGAAACAGUUGGCCACCUUAUGAGCGAUGGAGGAAAUAUACGCCAAUGUUGAAUAUGAGAAGCCUGUUGACCCAGGACCUUCAACCAAUCCCACAGGUAAGACUGUUCAGUCAGUCUGUGUAUCAUCAUCUGAUCACUUUUGACUGUAUUUCUCUGUGUUCAGGUCGCAGGAGCUCAGAGAGGAGAUUUCAUGGAGCUGUUGUUCUCUGUCUGGGUCUGCUGAGUGUUUUCCUGCUGGCUGGACUCAUCGGCCUCGGUGUCCACUACUCACGACGUGAUGCAGAUCUGUCCACUAUCAAAGCCAACCUGACUGAGCGUCUCCAGGCCAGUGAAAACAAGCUGUCCUCCGUGUCUGCAGAGAGAGACCUGCUGAACGCCAGCCUCACUGAAAACACUAAAGAGUUGGACAAGCUUCAGAGUUUGUCCAAAGAGAAUGCAGAUCUGUCCAAUAUCAAAGCCAACCUGACUGAGCGUCUCCAGGCCAGCGAAAACAAGCUGUCCUCCGUGUCUGCAGAGAGAGACCUGCUGAACGCCAGCCUCACUGAAAACACUAAAGAGUUGGACAAGCUUCAGAGUUUGUCCAAAGAGAAGAAAACAUGUCCUGCAGGAUGGACGAUGUUCAGUUCAGCCUGUUACCUCCUCUCUGGUGGGACUGGUUCCUGGGAUAGAGGCAGAGAGGACUGCAGAAACAGAGGAGCACAUCUGGUGAUGAUUGACAGCGUUAAAGAGCAGACGUUUGUUGCUGGGCUCAUCAAGACACACACUUGGAUUGGUUUGAAUGACAAAGAUGUGGAGGGGACCUGGAAAUGGAUCGAUGGAACUCCACUGACUCUGAUGAACUGGGCGGAGAUCCAGCCGGAUAAUGGUGGUGGAGAUGAAUAUUGGGGUGAAGAGGACUGUGCACAUAUCAGACCUGAAACCACUCAGUGGAAUGACUGGUCGUGUGAAACUGUUCUGCCGUGGAUCUGUGAGAAAAUAGCUUAAUAUUGGUUAUAUGUUAAUUCCUAAUUUUCUUCGGGAUGGUCAGCAAGAAAUCAAUGUAAUCCACAUAAUCAUAAACCAGGAAGUAUAAAGAGCAGCUAACGCAGCACUUGAAGUAGUUCAGCAUAUUUGAUGAUGUUGAUGUAUUUGCAUGAUUCUUGCACUUUUUGGGGGUUUUACCAAAAUGGUUGAAUGCACUUAAUGUAAGUCGCUUUGGAUAAAAGUAUCAGCUAAAUAAAUGUAACGUAUCUAUAAUAAUAUAUUGUGGUCUAUUUGUUGAUUAUAUUUUGUAUUAUUAAUCAGAAUCUGUAGCUACUGUACUAAGUAACUAGUAGCUAAAGGUAUCAAAUAAAUGUAG